CGGAAACUGUUACCACCCCGACCAAUCAUAAUCUUGUGCAAGAAUUGCUGCGAUUCAGUCUGGAGGUAGUGAAAAUUAUGGAACCACUCUUUGCACUACUAACGAUCGCCUUGGCGAUUACUGCAACGGCCGCCACCGAUUACGUCCGACCACAGCCUCGAAAAACCCUACAUUUUCCAUGGAAUCCAAAGCCUUCUUCUCAUCCCCAACAGGUCCACAUAUCUUUGGCGGGAGAUAGGAACAUUCGAGUCACAUGGAUCACUGAUGAUCGAUCUUGUCCUCCAAUUGUUGAAUAUGGAACGUCACCAGGGAUAUACAACUCAAUAGCUCGAGGAGAGAGCACCUCUUACAGUUAUCUAUUAUAUAGCUCAGGAAAGAUACACCACACUGUCAUUGGGCCGCUGGAACAUGGCACUGUUUACUUCUACCGCUGCGGAGGACAAGGCCCUGAAUUCCAGCUAAGGACCCCACCAUCUCAAUUCCCGAUUACUUUUGCGGUGGCUGGUGAUCUGGGUCAGACUGGCUGGACUAAAUCAACAUUAGACCACAUAGACCAAUGCAAAUAUGAUUUGCAUCUGCUACCUGGAGACCUUUCAUAUGCUGAUUAUUUGCAGCACCGAUGGGACACGUUUGGUGAACUGGUGCAACCACUUGCAAGUGCUAGGCCAUGGAUGGUUACACAAGGGAACCAUGAACAAGAGCACAUACCAUUCCUUACGGAUGGUUUUGAAUCUUAUAAUGCUAGAUGGAAAAUGCCAUUUGAGGAAAGUGGAUCAAGUUCAAAUCUUUAUUAUUCUUUUGAAGUUGCAGGGAUUCAUGUUAUUAUGCUUGGUUCAUAUGCGGAUUUUGACACGGCUUCUGAUCAAUAUAGCUGGCUGAAGGCUGAUCUUUUAAAGGUGGACCGGAAAAGGACACCUUGGCUAGUUGUAUUAUUUCAUGUGCCAUGGUAUAACAGUAAUAAGGCUCAUCAAGGUGAAGGGGAUGGGAUGAUGGAAGCCAUGGAACCAUUGCUUUAUGCUGCUGGUGUGGACAUUGUGCUUGCUGGCCAUGUGCAUGCUUAUGAACGCUCGAAACGUGUCUAUAAUGGUAAAUUGGAUCCUUGUGGUGCUGUCCACAUAACAAUCGGUGAUGGAGGAAACAGGGAAGGUUUAGCACACAAGUAUAAGGACCCACAGCCAGAGUGGUCAGUCUUCCGUGAAGCAAGCUUUGGUCAUGGCGAGCUCAAGAUAGUUAAUGCAACUCAUGCGUUUUGGAGUUGGCACAGGAAUGAUGAUGAUGAACCAGUGAAGUCUGAUCAGAUCUGGAUACCCUCUAUAGUCAGUGCAGGAUGCCUCGCUGAGAAGAGCCACGAACUAAGGAAGAUACUUCUGGCACCUUAAAACUGGUAAUGCAGAUUAUGCCUGCUAUGAACAUUCUGAUGCAAUUUCUUCCUAAUUUCUAUGUAAAUAUAUAGGGGGACAAUCUAUCAUACUUGAUGCAUCAUAUAUAUGCUAUCUGAAUCAAUAUAAAUUUGCAUCUGUGUUCGAGAUACAAUGAUGAAGUGGAGCUGUCUCUAAACAUGUCUGCUUAAUGUGUUGUAAUUUUUCCGAGGGCCGGAAUAUGUAAAAUAUAUUAUGAAGGAAACAGCCACGAGCUUUGUUUGGUUUGCUUGCAA